CGUGGGAUGUCCCUCUACUCCGUCCUUCCCCCAGACGUGGAGAUGAACAAGAUCCAAGGAAGGGAGACCAUCUCUUAAGACGCCCCGAGCCAGGAUGGUGCACCUGCAGCAGCCCCUGCCUCUAAUGGUGGUGGUGCAGAGCUUCCUCCCGCUCAUAUUCUGUGAUGCUAAGCAAAUGGUACAUGCCACAGACUUACUGGACUGGGAGGACAAAGAUGUUGCAGACACAAUGGUUGACAACAUAGUCCAUUCGAGGAUCAUCAACCCUUUACGCCUCUUUGUUAAGCCAUCUCCAGCACUGAAACAGGGGCAGAAGUCAUAUUCGGACAGCAUAGACAACUUUUGGGAUUGGCUGGCCAACAUCACUGAGGUUCAGGAAUCUCUGGCACGAACUAAACGCAGACCAAUUGUCAAAACUGGGAAAUUCAAGAAAAUGUUUGGGUGGGGUGACUUCCAUUCCAACAUCAAAACUGUGAAGUUGAAUCUUCUGAUAACAGGGAAAAUUGUUGACCAUGGCAAUGGAACCUUUAGUGUUUAUUUUCGGCACAAUUCAACGGGACUUGGAAAUGUUUCUGUGAGCCUGGUGCCACCUUCCAAGGUGGUGGAGUUUGAAUCAUCACCGCAGUCAACCCUAGAGACCAAGGAGUCCAAGUCUUUCAAUUGCCGCAUUGAAUAUGAGAAAACAGACAGAGCCAAGAAAACUGCAUUGUGUAACUUCGACCCUUCAAAGAUCUGCUACCAAGAGCAGACACAAAGCCAUGUAUCCUGGUUGUGUUCUAAACCAUUUAAAGUGAUCUGCAUUUACAUUGCUUUUUACAGUGUUGAUUAUAAACUGGUGCAAAAGGUCUGCCCUGAUUAUAACUACCACAGUGAAACACCAUAUUUAUCUUCUGGAUGACACACACACACCGUCCAUUUUUGAGUGACUGUUAUUGAUAAUCUGUCUAAAUUCUACUUUAAACUUCUUAAGACAGUGCUUCCCAAUCAGGCUGAACAAACACAUUUUCUUCCCUUAAAGGAAAAUAAUCCUCUCCUGAUGGGCUGGUUCACCCAUGCAUGUUCUUCACUUGAUGUCUACAAUAUCAAGUGCCAAUUUGCAUGUGUCAGUGAACCACCACAGAUAAAGCAACCCAGAACUUUCAUAGCUGUUCAGACAGACAUCUUCCAGUGAAGUCUGUUCAGCCAUUCAGCUGUGAUUCAGAGUGUUGACUAACCAAGUGAUGUCACGCAUGUGUACCAGCCCCAGGUUUGUGCUGUUAUCAUAAAUAUGUAAUCAUUCAUGUACCAAAAACGUCAUUUUAUAUGAAUUUCUUGUUUUUGUCUGCUCCCAUCAGCUGUAGAGAAAAUGUUAGCCACUAACAAUUUGUGAACAAGGAGUAGAGAACAAGUCCAUGCCCUUGCUAUAGUAACAAACUAACAGCAAUCAUAACUGCCCAAGUUGACUGAGGGCCAAUCGAGCUGACAUUAGGCUAGCUACAAACCAAUGCCAGCAUGGAACGGUUAGAAAUUAUUUAGGACCACCCAUACCUUGUGUAGCACAGUGCUGGCUUACUAACUGUGUCCCGGACCUGGAGGAGGUUUGGAUCUAGUGCAAUUGAGCUACUCUUUCUCUGGCUUUUCUGCUGGGAGAGUAGUACUACUGCCAGACCUUUGAGGCUGUACAACAGAAUUUGCUGGCAGAAGAGGCUUCUGCAUAUUACUAGACCAUAAUUCUGCAUUAGGGUUGUACUGUAAAUGUUCAGGUUAUAGGAAGCACAGUACAUUGGCAUGUUCGGAAAGACAAAACAGUGUUGUUCAAUACAGAUAUAUCGAAGCAAGUAUUUAGACCCACAUAAAAGUGUUACUAAAAUGGAUUACUACAGGAAUGUAGGCAGACUGGCUAGUUCAGUGAGUUCAAUGCUGUUGUGCUAUGUGCUGUCAAGUUGCCUCCAACGUAUGGUAACCCUAUGAAUGACUGUGUUCUACAAAAUGUUCUGUCUUCAAAAGCCGUGUUCAACUCCUAUAUACUCAAGGCUGUGGCUUCCUUUGUGGAGUCAGUCCAUCCUAUGAGUUGGAUAUCUGGCUGCAAAGGCAGAGGUUAGGAGUUCAAUUCUCCAUUAAUACUACCUGAGAGAAGACCCAAUGUGUGUAGUCAUGGGCAUGCUGUACAAUCCCAGAGCACCCCCCAGAAGAAGGGAAUAGUAAACCAUCUCUGAGUACUCAUAUCUAGAAAGCCCAGGAAAGAGUCAUCAUAUGUCGGAAUUGACAUAAUGGCACAUUAUGAUAAUAAUAAUUAUAAGAAUGUAGAGUGAAGUUCGGCAUUUGUAGAAGAUUAGGAAGAAGGUUUGCCCACCCAUCCCUGCAGUUUCUAUUAAGUUACUGAAAGGUUAGGCAAAAGUUCUGUAGAAAUUCAACUUUAAAAAGAAUUUCUAGGAGAUUUCCGUAAUCUGUCCAUGAAUAAAUCAUUCAAAAGAGCAGUUACUUUUUAAGCGCUUGCCAUCUAUCUGAAGUGCCAAACAGAGGCCACUUAAUAAAAGUAGGAGUAGAUCACUUGGACACCUCAGUAGCCAUGUAAAUUUAAUCUUGAAAUGUAUUUGCUCAAUUGUUUAAAGAGCAUUAUUUGGGAUACAUGAACUGUGUUUAUUGUCAAAUUCUAGGAUGCAGAUUUGCAUUACAUGAAGCACACUAAACCUGAGGAUCAUGCCAUCCAACUGGUCAAAGCAGAAAUGAAGCUCCUGAACAAAGACAGCAUUUAAAAAAUGUAUCCAUUUAAAGCAAAUGCAUUCUAUAGUUAAGUAGAUUUUGAAGUCUAUUGGUGGCUUAGUGCAAUGAACUAACUCUUUCUAAUCUCUCCAGAGGUUUACAAUCAUAAAAAUAGACUGAUGUCUAGGUCUGCAAGGCAAGGUCUAUAAAGGAAAUACUUCUCCUUAAGUGAGGCAAAUUGUGAUGUAGUUUUCCGUGAGUCAGCCAUGCAAUGCAGGAUCAUCUCCUUUUAUGUAAAAUGGAAAUCAUACUCAGAUAUAACUGGAAGGGCUGAAAUUUUUUGUAACAUAGACACGUGCCAGAUGUGAAAUUGUGGCACAGAAUCUAGUUAAAGCAAGAAAUUUGAUUUGACAAUGCAGACAGACUUCGACAAUCUUCUAUGUCAGAGCUUUGUGUAUUAGUUCCGAAAUAGUUUGAUU